AUGUCCUGUGCGCCUUUAAAUUCUAAAACCAUCCGACAUCCGUUCACAAGCUAUCUUCCUUUCGCUUUGAUAUGUCCUGUGCGCCGAAAUUCCCAAAACCAUCCGACAUCCGUUCACUGCUUGUUAUCUUCCUUUCGCUUUCGAUAUGUCCCGUGCGCCUUAAAUUUCAAACCAUCCGACAUCCGUUCACAGCUUUAUCUUCCUUUUUGCUUUCGAUGUCCUGUUUUAAAUUCCCAAACCAUCCGACAUCCGUUCACAAGCUAUCUUCCUUUGCUUUCGAUAUGUCCUGUGUGCCUUAAAUUCCCAAACCAUCCGACAUCCGUUCACACAAGCUUUUUAUCUUCCUUUGCUUUCGAUGUCCUGUGCGCCUUAAAUUCCCCAAAAACCAUCCGACAUCCGUUCACACAAGCCAUCUUCCUUUUUUUUUCGAUGUCCUGUGCGCCUUUGAAUUUAAAAAACCAUCCGACAUCCGUUCACAAGCUAUCUUCCUUUCGCUUGAUAUGUCCUGUAACCUUAAAUUCCUAA